AUGAAAUUCUUAAUAUUUUUAAUAUUAAUAAUUUAUUUUAUUAAUAGUAUAAAUUGUGAUAAUACAAAACCAUCAACCCUUUUAUUACAAUUACAAAUCUUUGAUCAUUUACCAAGUUUGAAUAGUGAUUUCGAACCAUCAAAUGGUCAAGUAACAAAAGGUAUUGUUAAAAAAAAAUUAGUUGGAACCAUCCCAGAACUGGUUUCUCUUGAUCCAGGAUACCUACCAAAUAUAAAUGGAAAAAUCAGCAAUCCACAACUAUUCAAAACUUGGUUUAAUAAGAAUGAUUCCCAAAAUGUAUUUUUACAAGGGAAUAUUCAACUUUCCUACGAUAAUAAUUUAGGUGUCUAUUCCUAUAAAAAUAAUAAUUUCUUCCCAAUUGAUGAUAUGGGUUUUGAUACUGAUCCAAACAAUAAAGUGUAUAUUGGUGGUUCUAAAAAACCAUUUGUUUACCAUAAUUUUCAUUUCUGUUUAAAAAUAACAUCUAAAUUUACCUAUCAAGGUGUUGAAAGUUUUUCAUUUGAAGGUGAUGACGAUGUUUGGGUAUUUAUUGACAAAACAUUGGUUUUAGAUUUGGGCGGUUUGCAUCCAGCUCAAGCUGGUACUGUUAACUUGAAACAGAUUGGACUAGUAGUUGGUCAAACCUAUGAUUUCGAUUUCUUUUAUUGCGAAAGACACACACCAUAUAGUGACAUGAAAAUCCAAACUGAUUUAGAAAUUGUUUGUAGUUAUACAGAUUAUUGUGGUGUUUGCCAAGGUGAUGGAUCAACAUGUUGUAAUGAUGAUAUGUGUGAUGAUGGUAAUGCUUGCACCAAUGACAAAUGCCCAUUACCAAAUACUGUAGUUCCAAAGGGUAGUAAAUUUACAGAUUUUUGUCAACAUAUACCAACAGUUUGUAAUAUUCAAGAUAGAUGCUAUAAUAUUGGUUGUGCUUCAAAUAAUGGUUCCUGUAUUAGAAUGUCACCAAUACCCUGUAAAGAUGAAAGUGAUCAAUGCCUUGUUCCAACUAGUUGUAACUCUAAAACAGGAUGUUUCUAUAAAUCCACCUGUUUAAAUAAUCCUUGCUUUACUGGUGCCUGUGAUAAAGGUACUUGUGUUGAAAAAGAUGCCAAAUAUUGCGCUAAUGAGUUGGGUAAUGAUCCAUGUAGAAUCUAUAGCUGUAAUACAACACAAGGUUGUAUGUCUAAACCAAAAUGUGAAAAGCAAACUGAUGAUCCAUGUACUUUAACCACCUGUGAUGUCGACGGAACAUGUGGCCAACUUAAAUUAAAUGCUACUGCUUGCAAUUGUGGUUGCAAACUAAACAAAUGCCAGAUCAACAAUUGUGAUAUUUCGCGAUCACCAUCGGUCUGUAAUGCAUUACCAAGACCAGAAAUUGACGAUGGAAACCCAUGCACAAUCGAUGAGUGUGAUCCAGUAACUGGUAAAAUUACCCAUAAUAAAAUGCCUUGUGAUGGCUGUAGUACUUGCAAAGGAGGAACAUGUGUUGCUAUCGAUUCAAGUUGCAACGAUGGAAAUCUAUGUACCAGCGAUAUGUGUAGUAUGAAUGGUACCACUAAUAAUGGAAGUUGUAUACACAUAAAUAUAACCUGUAAACCAAAUGCUGACCUAUGUAUCAAUACAGUCUGUCACCCAUCUCUAGGUUGUGUCGAUGAACCAAUAGUUUGCCCAGAUGAAGGAUUGUGUCAAGUUGGGUAUUGCAAUCAAGGAAAAUGUCUAUUAAAACCAAGAGUUUGUGAAAAUAAAGCUUUUUGUUUGAAUGUUGAAUGCAAUGAAAAUACCGGAUGCAUCUAUUAUAAUAAGACCUGUGUUCCAAACUCACCAAAAUGUCAAAAAGGUGUAUGCUAUAAUGCCACUGAAACUGAACCUGGUAAAUGUGUUUCGGUAGAUUAUGACCCAAAACCAUUCAUUUGUAAACCUGCCGCAAUUAUAUCCACCUCUGUAAUAGUUGGUGUUUCGAUCGCUGGUGCUGUUGUUGCUAUCGCUUUGGCUGUUGGUGGUAAAAAAGGAUAUGAUUAUUGGAAAUCAACACAAGGACAACCAAUUACAUCUGCUAUAAGUAAUCCAUUGUAUACCUCUUCCCAAAACUCUGCUUUAAAUCCAUUAUAUAAUGAAUAAAAAUAAAGUAUAAAUAAAUAUUAUUUAUAAAAAUACAUUUAAAAAUAAAAUAUAUAAAAUUAAAAAUUAAAAAUAA